AUGAAUGACACAAAGAAUAAUUUGACACUCUUGUUCACCAGUAGUUAUAUUAGUGAAGGUUUUUUUGAUACUCUUAGCCUUGAUGCAACUCUGAUCAGAAAUAUGAGUAAUACUGAUGUCAAAACUGAAGAGGUAGCUAAAGACAUAACAUCUGCAAGAGCAGAAAGCAUAGUACUCAAGGAAGUAGAGAAUGUAUUACCCAGAGAAGCAGAGGACAUAGUACUCAAAAAAGCAGAAGACAUUGUACUCAAGAAAGCAGAAGUUAUAACACCUGAGGAAGCAGCUGACAUGACACUCAAGAGAGAAGCAGAUACAGAAGACAUAACCAAAAGAUAA